AUGACUGUGAUUAUUGAAGCGCCACAGGUCUGGCUCACAGGAAGCCUCAUAGUGGAUAUUGUGAUCGCGAUAUCGAUGUCUAUCCUACUCCUCCGAAGCAGAACUGGUGUUCCGCGGACGGAUGCCCUGAUUAACUGGGUACUACGCCAAACAACCAUCUAUGAGACAAUCGUCCAAAAUCUGACUAAGUUUCGGGCACGUUUCAGAAAGCACAUGGAAGAUAAUCUCGUAGUGGAACUCUUUCCUAUGAGCUUCAAAUGCGCUACUACACCAGCCAAUGAGCCCAGCUUGGAGACUCUGCGCUACACGGAGGAAGAUCUAGCUGUCGCUACCUCACUAGGACAGAAACAUGCAUUAACUGAAUUAAUGCACGAGGAGAACUGGGAAGUCAGGAUUCCCAAGCACGCGACGGCCCCACGAGUCAGACCCGAAUCGUGCUCGGACUAA